CAUGUUAACUCUCCAUAAAUUCAUCGGCCUCAUCAUUUCAUUUCUAGUUUUAAAAUUAUGAGUACUAUUUAGAUUAUUUAGCUUAAAAGUUUCUAGGUGAUUAUACAAAAUUAUUUAUUGCAUUGCAAUUACUUAUUUAAAGUGUUAUUUUUCCCAAAUCAAUUUCUAAAUGGCUCUUAAAAGAAUCAAAAAGGAAUUAGAAGACUUGAAACGUGACCCGCCUGCUCAGUGCUCUGCCGGGCCUGUAGGAGAUGAUUUAUUUCAUUGGCAAGCAACUAUCAUGGGCCCUCCUGACAGUCCUUAUCAAGGUGGAGUAUUCUUCUUGACCAUACAUUUUCCCACGGACUAUCCUUUCAAGCCUCCAAAAGUAGCUUUCACAACACGCAUCUACCACCCAAACAUCAAUAGCAAUGGGAGUAUUUGUUUGGACAUUCUUCGUUCUCAAUGGUCACCUGCCUUAACUAUAUCUAAAGUUCUGUUGUCCAUCUGUUCCUUAUUGUGCGAUCCAAACCCAGAUGAUCCUCUAGUGCCAGAAAUCGCUAGAAUCUACAAGACUGAUCGUGAAAAAUACAAUGAACUCGCUCGAGAAUGGAGCCGAAAGUAUGCCAUGUGAAGACACAUGAAGCAAUUGCAGUUUUCUACGUUUGAUGUAUUUUAGACACAUUAUCUUUUUAGCAAAAUAUAUCACGUUUCAUCUUUGUUUAUCAAUUGCGUUUUUUAUAGGUCUUCUAAACGUCCUUUUUAUUAUAUAAACUGUGCAUAUAAGGUGCUCAGGCUUGUUUGUAUUACGCAUAAAGGGUUCAACUAUUGAUAUGGAGUAUGUAAUUAAAGCAUGGUUUUUGUGUGGGAGAAUUGAUGAUUCUUAAAUAGCUUCAUUGAAUUACCCACAUUCAAAGUUUUAGGCUCUAUUUUUUGAAUUCUAAACAGUUAUAAGUCAAUGAUUAAAAUGCUUCACAUUGCUAAAAUAUAUACCUCCUCUUUGUGCCAAGAAAUGUUUCUUUGUUAAAAUUUUUAAAAAUUCUUUUUCUUUUUUUUUACAUGAUUUUAGAGUUGGAUAGGAUAUCUAGGUAAAUUUGGCUAUUUGCCAAAUUAUUAUCAGAGCCUUGAUUUUUAAGAUUUAAUUCUUAAGUGUUUUAUUUAUUUUGUUCAAAACCUGUUCUAGCAUUGUCUUCUAUCAAUGUUUUUACUUUCUGACUAAUGAUCAUACAUUUUUACAGAUUUGAUUUUAUGUACCGGUGCCAUAACAAAAUGGAAUUUUUUAGGGAAGAAGCAAAGUUGUGAUUUAAACCAUUUGUGUUUUUCUGAUUGUUUUUUAUGGUUUUAGGUUUGAUUAAUUUUAUUUGUCCAAAUAUUCUGUGAAAUUUCUUGUGUUUUGAUCAGUUUCUGUGAUCUUAAAAUAUUUUUCUUUCUAUUACAUUGAACUUUUUGCUUUUAUUUCAUUUUAAUAUUAUGUUUUCCAACUAAACAUUUCUUUAAAGAAAUUUAGGAAAUAUCAAUUACAUAAAAGAAAUAUUAUUUUUUUGCAUCAAGGACAUAUUGUUAAAAAAAAUGUUUCUAUAUUAAUUUUCUCUUUUCCAUUGCGUUAAAAUUAUAUUAUAUAAUUGUUUAUUUUUAUGGCCUUUGGGUUUAUUUAAUGAUUUUCAGAUCAUGCCAAGCUCUUUUAUACAUAAUGUAACUAACUCUCUUGGCAAUAUAUCUUGAUUGCUUGGCUGUAAAAAUAAACAAAUACCUUAAAUUGCCAAUUUAUUAAAGAGUCAUUUAAAACUUAAUAAUUAAAUCUAUGUCUUUUGAAAAAUAUUUAUAUAAUCUUUGCAUAUGAAUUAUCUUUAAAGUAUUUACAUUAAAUUGUCAAUCAAAAAAUGAUGGAUAUAAAAAAAGGUCAUUUAAUUUUAAAUCAAAAACAUUUCUUUGAAUCGCAUAUUAUUUUUAUCGAAAAAAGAAGAAAAUUUACUAAUCUAAUUACAAAUAGGUAUUGCUUUUAUAUUAUUUCAAGAAAAAAAUUAUCAAUUCGAUAUUUGUGCAGUAUCAAAGUAUAUAAGUGUAUCAAAAUAUAUAAGUGUUUUUUUUAAAUCUAAAUUUAUUUAUAUAUUUACUAUUAACUUGAAUGAAUAGAUUCCUUUUCCAAUUCUAUACAAUGCUGUUAUUACACAAGUAUAUGAUAUGAUUUAUAUAAUUUUUAUUUAUACACUAUUGUUAUGUAAUUAUAAAUCUACUAAUCCAAGUUUCAUUAAAAAAAUGUUAAAAAAAUAUUUUUAUUUUGAAUUUUUCAAUUUUGGAUUCUUUAACUAAUAACAAUUUACCAUUCUGCUUCAUUUUUUAUCAUAUUUUAAGGAAUAUAGCUUGUCUUUAAAAAAUAAAGUUAAUUUCCAAUAAAGAACACAUGUAUUCUUAUUCAAUUUUCUUAUCAAGUAAUACCUGGUUAAUUAACUGUUUUAAAUAUGUUAAGCAAGACUGUAGUUGGAUUUGCACUCACUGUUAAAAAUAGUUGUGUGAUCUGUGAAUGUUAUGAAUUUGGUAGGCUGAAGAAUAAAUGUUUAAUCUAAUUGCUUUUGGAAUAUA